UCGUUCUCCCCCAUCUUGUCUCGCAGCAGAGGAAGGAGAGACUCGUUUUGUCUCGUCGUCCGCCGCUAUGAAUUCCCAACGAUUAGCCCCACGAUUAGCCUCUCGCCUUCUCCAAAGGAUAGGCGGGUCACAAUGCCGGCGCUUCUCCAGAUUUAGCGCUUCUCCCGGGCUGAUGCCGCCAAUGGGCAACCUCCCAAUGCCCUACAUCACCGAGGUCACGGCGGGGGGUUGGCGCACAUCCGACAUCUUCUCCAAGCUGCUGCAGGAACGGAUAGUAUGCCUUAACGGCCCGAUUGACGACAUCGUGUCGGCGUCGAUAGUAUCCCAGCUGCUGUGGCUCGAGUCCGACAACCCAGACAAGCCCAUCACCAUGUACAUCAACUCGCCAGGCGGCGAGAUCAGCUCCGGGCUGGCCAUCUACGACACCAUGACCUACAUCAAGUCGCCCGUCUCGACCGUGUGUGUCGGCGGCGCCGCGUCGAUGGCGGCCAUCCUCCUGAUCGGCGGCGAGCCCGGGAAGCGGUACGCGCUGCCGCACAGCUCCGUCAUGGUGCACCAGCCGCUGGGCGGCACCCGCGGGCAGGCGGCCGACAUACUGAUCUACGCCAACCAGAUCCAGAGGGUACGGGACCAGAUCAACAAGAUCGUGCAGGGGCACAUCAACAAGUCGUUCGGCUACGAGAAGUACGACAUGAAGGCCAUCAACGACAUGAUGGAGCGCGACAAGUACCUGACGGCCGAGGAGGCCAAGGAGCACGGCAUCAUCGACGAGAUCCUACAUCGGAGGGAGAAGGGGGAUGACAAAUCUGCGGGAGCCGACUCGAAGGCGGCCAGGCCAUGAUGCAGUGCUGUUGGAAGGGCGAACGCAUGAUGGGCAGAUCUAGGGCCGGCUCGCGACUUCGGGGAUGAGCGUGAGGUGUGCUUGGCAUGAGUGCAUGGAAGAUAUUGGGAGGCGCCAAAGAUGGCCGUCCUAUUUCUGUCCGGCCGUGGCGACCUGUCGGUUCUCCGGUAACGCUGUUCAAUGGCAUGAACCCAGACGGU